AUGUAUUCUUCCACCUUUUCAUAUCUAUCUAUCUAUCUAUCUAUCUAUCUAUCUAUCUAUCUAUCUAUGUCUUUUUACUAUCUAUCUAUCUAUCUAUCUAUCUAUCUAUGUCUUUUUACUAUCUAUCUAUCUAUCUAUCUAUCUAUCUAUCUAUCUAUGUCUUUUUACUAUCUAUCUAUCUAUCUAUCUAUCUAUCUAUCUAUCUAUCUAUCUCAGUCUGUUUACUAUCUAUCAGAGAUGAUUAAAAUAGGUUGUUUGCUUUCCUUCCUUCUUUCCUUCCUUCCUUGCUUGCUCGCUCGCUUGCUUCCUUCCUUCCUUCUUUUCCUUCCGACACAUGCCCAGAGAUACAUUCCUUCUUCGCUUAUAGCUUCACGCAACUUCUCCCACGGCCCCUUUUCUCUUCCGCUCACUGCAGCCUUGCAUCGUAUUGUUCAGCUUCCAACUAUUAUUCUCCUCUGA